AUUCGACCUUUUGCAAAUAUCGGGCCAUUCUUUACAGCGAAAGAUGUGACUGUCUUCUCGGCUCGACGAACCGCGACAUUAUGACAGUGACGUCGCCGACAUCGAUCGCGCUCAAUUGGCCGUAUAUCAUGCCGCCCGUCCAUCCUGCCAUCUCUCCACCAAAGCUACCAUACUACAACCAAGAUGACUGAAAAUAAUCGCCAGCAGCACCCAUUCGAUCAAGGAAACCCAAACCCAGAUGCACAGCACGCUUGGCCUGGUGAUCAGGAUAAGCUUGACCCCGAUGCUCUCAAUACGACACUGCCUAGCGGACCUUAUAGGCCGGCCAAUAAGCUUGAGGAUAAAACUGCUUUGAUUACGGGCGGUGACUCUGGUAUUGGACGCGCAGUGGCCAUCAUGUAUGCCUUGGAAGGCGCUGAUGUUGCCAUCAACUACUUACAUGAGGAGCAAAAGAACGCAGAGCAAACCAAACAGCUUGUUGAGAAGCACGGCCGACAGUGUCACCUCCUCCCUGGAGACUUGCGCACAGCCGACUUUUGCAGGCAGCUGGUGGAUCAGGCUGCAGAGAAGCUUGGUGGCAAGAUCGACAUUCUCGUCAACAAUGCUGCGUAUCAAAUGGAGUGCCAGGAGCUCAAGGACCUCUCUGAUGAGCAGUGGGAUCGCACCUUCAAGACAAACGUCUAUCCCAUCUUUUGGAUCACCAAGCAAGCCGUCUCAAAAGACUACAUGCCAAGGGGUUCGGCUAUUGUCAACAAUGCUUCAGUCAAUGCAUACAUUGGACGGCCUGAUCUUGCCGACUACACGGCUACCAAGGGUGCCGUCAUUAGUUUUACGCGUGCUCUAGCCAAUAUGCUUGUUGGUAAGGGCAUUCGUGCCAACGCCGUUGCUCCCGGCCCGAUCUUGACGCCGCUCGUUAUGAGCACCUUUUCAAAGGACAACAUCAAGGGUGCUGAUGCUGUACCAAUGGGCCGACCGGGCCAACCUUCAGAAGUUGCAACGUCCUUUGUCUUCCUUGGAGGACCAGACUCGAGUUACAUUACUGGCAACACGAUUCACAUCAAUGGCGGUAUGUUUGUUGGCAACUAGACGAGUGACGACUGCUACUGCUGCAUCUCUAGCAUUAAUGUAUGACUGCAUCUUCUCAUCCGUUCAUUGAAUUGCGAAGUGCUGAGGACUCGUCAGGACUCAGGAGGGUCCGCCUAGGCUCCAUCCCGCCUCUCUAUAUUUGUUGGCUGUACCAGAUUAUUUGUCGCUUGGUGAUCUGCCCCAAAAGUGUUUCUUCGUGAUUCUACUCGAAGAAAUCUCCGAUGGCAUUUGGGUCAUACUGGCAUGUUACUGCUGGUCGAGAAAGCCUUUCUGGUCUUCUCUAUAUGAUGACUUGCAGCCUCAGCUCUACACACAUGCAAAUAGUUGAUCAGUUGUGGUGUAGGCCC